AUGGCGGAAUGGAGUCCAAGCUCUUGGACACAAAAGCCCAUCAAACAAGAUGUGGUUUACGAAGAUCUUCAAGGGUUGAAAGACUCACUACAAAAAUUGCAGAAGCUACCCCCGCUUGUGACCACCCAAGAAAUCAACAACCUCAAAUCCAGCCUCCGAAAUGUGGCUCUAGGCAAUGCAUUUGUGCUCCAGGGUGGCGACUGUGCUGAGCUGUUCGACUACUGCAACCAGGACAUGAUCGAGGCCAAAGUAAAGCUCCUGUUGCAGAUGAGUCUGGUUCUAAUUUGGGGCGCCAACAAGCCCGUCAUCCGUAUUGCGCGCAUUGCUGGCCAAUUCGCCAAACCACGAUCAAGCCCAACAGAGGUAGUCAAUGGAGUGGAAAUGCCCUCUUUCCGCGGUGACAACAUCAACGGCUUCGCAGCAGACCUCUCAUCCCGCCAACCAGACCCAUCCCACUGGGGUCUCGGCCACGUAAUCACCCCCUCCAUCAAAGAGCAAUACGCCAAAACCGUAAAUGCCGUCAAAGACGCCCUCCGGUUCAUGCGCACCGUAGGAAUCGACAAAGACCGCGGCGUCGAAACGGCUGACAUCUAUACCAGCCACGAAGGUCUAUCUCUGGAGUACGAGCAGAGUCUCACUCGCCUCUUACGGCACCCGGGCACCGCGCAGUCGGAAACCGCCUACUACGCGACAUCCAGCCAUUUCCUCUGGAUUGGCGAUCGGACGCGCCAGCUCGAUGGUGCCCAUGUGGAGUUCUUCCGCGGGAUUGCGAAUCCCGUGGGUAUCAAGAUCGGUCCUAGUAUGGCGCCGGAGGAGCUGGUUCGACUGUUGGAUGUUGUCAAUCCGGACCGGGAGGUCGGGAAGGUGACGCUGAUCUCGCGAUACGGAGCUGCGAAGAUUUCGAACUUCUUGCCUGCUCACAUUGCUGCUGUGCAGGGAUCGGGUCAUAUUCCUGUCUGGCAGUGUGAUCCUAUGCAUGGUAAUACGCAGAGUACGCCGUCUGGAGUGAAGACGCGCCAUUUCACGGAUAUUUUGUCUGAGCUGAAGCAGGCUUUGGAGAUUCACCGUGCUGCGGGGUCGUUCCUUGGGGGUAUGCAUCUUGAACUUACUGGUGAGGCUGUCACUGAAUGUGUGGGUGGUGCGGCUGGGUUGACGGAGGAUGGGCUCGGAGAACGGUAUACGACAUUCUGUGAUCCACGACUCAAUGAGAAACAGGCUCUAGAGUUGGCUUUCUUGGUUGCUGGGUUCUACCGUGAAGAGUCAGAUGAUUAG